AUGAAUUUUUUUAAAAUUAUUAUAAUCACUGUAUCAUUUAUUUGUUAUGUAUCAUGUAUUGGUGAAAGUCCAAUUGAUAUAAAUACUUUUGCUGGUAUUGUAAAUGGAUUUGGAUAUCUUCUUCGUAAUGAUAUUCAACCAAUUGAUGUUAAAUCAUCUAAUUUAAUGGGAAAAUGGUAUCAAAUGUAUAAAUCAGCUUUAAAUUUUGAUGCUGAAAAAUCACAAAUGUAUUGUAAUGUUGCAUAUUUUAAAGAAAAUUCAGUCAUGGGUGAAGAUGGCUUUUCAAUGGAAGAGGCAUUCCGUACUGGAACUAAAAAUGGACCACUUGAUACAUAUAAAAGAGAUUUAAAUAAAGUAGGAAAUGGAAAAUAUUGGAUGUAUACAGAGGAAUACUUUUAUCCAAGACAAUUUCAUAUUUUAAAAGCAGGACCAAAUUAUAAUAAUGAAACUGGUCAAGGUGAUAUUGAAUAUUUUGUUGUUUCUGAUGCUAAUAGAAUGAGUCUUAUGGUUUAUGCCAGAGAUCCUAUGGUAUUUUAUCAAAAUUAUAAUAAAGAAACAACAGAAUAUCUUGAAAAAGCUGGAUUUGGUGGUAAAGUAUUUUGGAAUGCUCCAAAAGCAAUUUACCAAGGUCCAGAUUGUGAAUAUCCAUCAGAAAAAGAAGUAUUUGCAAGAAGAGUAUUAAAAAAUCAAGAAAAUGCUUUAAAAGCAAAAGCAGCAGCUGAAAGAGGAGAAAAAAAUAUAGGUGCACCUGAAUCACCAAUUGCUGAAUUUUUAUCUAAUCCUCAAUUAGCACUUCAAAAACUUGUUCAAAGAAAUUAA